GACAAGUUGUGUUAACUGACAACACUGGCAUUAACGUCAAACAGUUGUCAAAAUGGCACGUCAGCAGCAAGAUGUUGAUGAGCUUUUCGAUGUUAAAAAUGCAUUUUACGUUGGAAAUUACCAACAAGCAAUCAACGAGGCACAAAGUGUAUCUCCAUCAACGCCUCUGAUCGCACUGCAACGCGAUGCAUUCCUGUAUCGAUCGUACAUCGCACAAGGGAACUAUAGGAUUGUGGUGCAAGAGUUGAAGACUGCCGAUCCUAUGCUGCAGCCGCUCAAGUCGCUAGUGGAUUACCUAUCACCUGGUGCCAACAAGCCAGCGAUUGUGGCUGAUAUUGAUGCCCGAGUAGCUAAAGGCACAGAGCUGUCAAAUGAAAUCUUCCUGAUUGUAGCGGCCACCAUCUACUACCAUGAGGACAACUACGAAGCAGCACUCAAAAUCCUUCACAAUGCUGAGUCUCUGGAGUUGCGAGCAUACACCCUGCAGUGUCUGCUGGCUAUGAACAGACCAGACCUGGCUCGGAAGCAGCUGAAGUUGUUACAAGAUAUCGAAGAUGAUAGCACGCUCACCCAGCUGGCUCAAGCGUGGUUGAACUUGUCACAGGGUGGACCAGGAGUGCAGGACGCGCACUACAGUAUCAUGGAGCUGUCGGAGCGGCUCGGCGCGCUGGGCGCCGGCCCUGCUGCCGUUGGUGCCGCAGCCGCUGCGUCGAGAGGCAUGUGGGAGGAGUCUGAGCAGAUGCUGACGGAGGCGCAGGCGCGGACGCCGCAGCAGCCCGACCUGCUGCUCGGCCUCGCCGUCACCGCCGCGCACAGCGGGAAGGCGCCAGAGGUAUUCAACCGCUACAUAGCCCAGCUGCUAGACAGCCACCCCGAGCAUCCUUACGCGAAGGAGCACCUCGCCAAGACCAACGAGUUCAAGCGUCUCGCGGCGCAGUACCAGCCCUCCGUGCCCAGCUAGACCUUACGCCCUUAGACAUAGAGUCGAAUAUCACUUGCUUGUAUUGAUGUAUGUGAAUUGAAGAGAAAGUAUAUAAUUUUAUUAUAAUA